AUGGCAAUGCAGACGGGCUGCUGCUCGGCGGCGCCGGCGGUCCUCCUCCUCCUGGUGGUUGCCGCGGCCGGUGCGUCGGUGGCCGGGGCAACGUAUGUCAGGUACAAAGACCACAAGCAGCCGAUCCAGGCGCGCGUGGAGGAUCUCCUCGGCCGGAUGAGGAUCGAGGAGAAGAUCGGGCAGAUGACGCAGAUCGAGCGCCACAACGCCUCCUCCGCCGUCAUCGAGAAGUACUUCGUCGGGAGCGUGCUGAGCGGUGGCGGCAGCGCUCCGUCGGAGAAGGCGUCGGCGGCGACGUGGCAGGAGAUGAUCACCAAGAUGCAGAAGGCGGCGCUCAGCACCCGCCUCGGCAUCCCCAUCCUCUACGGCAUCGACGCCGUGCAUGGCAACAACAACGCCUACAACGCCACCAUCUUCCCCCACAACGUCGGCCUCGGCGCCACCAGGGACCCCGACCUGGUCAAGCGCAUCGGCCGCGCCACGGCGCUCGAGGCCAGGGCCACCGGCAUCCCCUACACCUUCGCGCCAUGCGUCGCGGUUUGCCGUGAUCCGAGGUGGGGCGGGUGCUACGAGAGCUUCAGCGAGGACACGAAGCUGGUGCAGCUGAUGACGUCGGCCGUCAUCCCCGGCCUGCAGGGCGACGUCUCCAGCAAGCAUCCCAGGGGCGUCCCCUUCGUGGGCGGGACCAAGCACGUGGCAGCCUGCGCCAAGCACUUCGUCGGCGACGGCGGGACGCACCACGGGAUAAGCGCCAACAACACGGUGCUCAGCUUCCACGACCUCAUGCGGAUCCACAUGCCGCCCUACUACGACGCCGUCAUCAAGGGCGUCUCCUCCGUCAUGAUCUCCUACUCCAGCUGGAACGGCGUCAAGAUGCACGAGAACAAGUACCUCAUCACCCAGAUCCUCAAGGAAAAGAUGCACUUCAGGUGCGGCGGCUGGACCAAGUCCUGGCAGGGUCAGUCCGGCAACGGCAUCACCGGCCAUGGCACCACCAUUCUUGAGGCCAUCAAGUCGGCGGUGGACAAGAAGACGAUCAUCGACUACUCGGAGCACCCGGACAAGGGCAACGUCUCCAAGAACGAGGACGAGUACGACUACGCUGUGGUGGUGGUGGGCGAGCACCCGUACGCCGCCGCGGCCGGCGACAACCUGAACCUCACCAUCCCGGGCCCGGGCCCGGAGGUCAUCAGGAAGGUGUGCGAGCUCGUCAAGUGCGUCGUCGUCCUCGUCUCGGGCCGUCCGCUCGUCGUCGAGCCAUACCUCGACACCAUGGACGCGCUCGUCGCCGCCUGGCUGCCCGGCACCGAGGGCCACGGCGUCGCCGACGUGCUCUUUGGGGACCACGGAUUCUCCGGCAAGCUGCCCCGGACGUGGGUCAGGUCCGUCGACCAGCUGCCCAUGAACUACGGCGACAAGCUCUACGACCCGCUCUUCCCCUUCGGAUUCGGACUCACCACCAAGCCAGCGGAUCGCAGCUAG